AUGACAAACUUCAACAUCCAGAUCAUCUCCGACAGCGUUUGCCCGUGGUGCUACGUCGGCCUCCGCCGUCUGUCGCGCGCAAUCACAACCCACAAGUCCGCGCACCCCUCUGACACAUUCACACUCUCCUGGGCGCCAUUCUACCUGAACCCAGCGGCAGCAGCAUACCCCGGCGUAAACAAGCGCGAGUUCUACGACUCCAAGUUCGGCGCCUCUAGAACCGGAGCAAUCCUAUCUCGCUUGUCAGCCGUGGGCGAAGGCGAGGGCAUUGCCUUCAAGUUCGGUGGGCAGAUUGGACGGACGAGAGACUCACAUCGGGUGAUUUGGUUGGCUGGGGAAAAGGAGAAGGAGCUGAGGAAGGCUGGGAAGGAUGAUGCGGAGGGAGGCGUGAUCGGAGGGUUGCAGACAAGGGUUGUGGAGAGGUUGUUCCGGGUGUACUUUGAGGAGGAGAAGAAUAUCACGGAUCGCGAGGUGUUGGUUGAGGCAGGCGUUGGGGCUGGAUUGGAUCGGAAGGAGGUGGAGGGGUUGUUGGAUGGGGAUGUCGGUGGGAAGGAGGUGGAUGAGGAGGCUGAGAAGGCGAGGAGACAGUUGAUCACAGGGGUGCCUUAUUACUUGGUGCAGGGUCAGUAUGCUGUGGAGGGCGCUGAUGAGCCGGCGACCUUCUUGGAGGUCUUUGAGCGAGUUAAGGGCGCGGAGUCCUCAUAG